AUGUAUCAUAAUCAGCAUCAUACUUUCCAAGGGAGAAAAUUAUCAGAUCAAGAAAGAGCUCGUGCUUUAGAAUUUCAAGAGUCUAUACAUUAUUCUCCACGUUAUUCAGAUGAUACUCACGAAUAUAGACAUGUUAUGCUACCCAAGGCAAUGCUAAAAGUAAUUCCUUCUGAUUAUUUCAAUUCAGAAACAGGUACUUUACGUAUACUGACUGAGGAUGAAUGGAGAGGUUUAGGUAUUACACAAUCUUUGGGUUGGGAACAUUAUGAGUGUCAUGCACCAGAACCACAUAUUUUAUUGUUUAAAAGACUAUUGAAUUAUGAAGCUGAAUUGAGAGCUGCUGCUGCUGCUGCGGCAGCACAGCAACAGGCACAACAAGCACAACAACAAGCACAACAACAACAAUGA